AUGCCAAGGCCACUUGAGCGCAAUCCUACUCACCAUGAAACUGAAUAUCCCUCCACGGAGCAUCCUGAAUAUGCCUUACAGGACCCGCAAGUUGCCAAGUUAUUCCGUCGCUAUAUAGGAACCUUGGCUGCAUGGUAUGAUCUCAAUGACAGCAAGCGGCAUUUCAAAGAUGUCGUUCCGGUUAGGGCUCGAUAUAAUCCACUAUUGCUCAGUGCCAUUCUCGCCUUUGCUGCUGCCAACCAGCAUCGCACCCUUGAGGAAGACGGGUAUCUGGAGAUUGCUGAAUUCUACCACUAUGAUAGCGUGCGGAGAUUGAUCUCUCUCACUAAGAAUGUUGAUAGCAUUCCACUUGGUGAAACACUUGCCGCCAUUUGCCUUUUGCGAUCUUAUGAAAUCAUCACACAGAACGUUAGCUCUCAGAGUCACUUGCAAGGAUGCUAUUCUCUACUGGCAAGUCGGCAGAUUAAUCUCACGGCAGACCUGCUCAGCGCAGGCUAUUGGAACUACCUACGAGAAGACAUCACAGUCGCUCUCAUAGAGCAACGUGGUUUAAUGAUCACUCUUUCCAAUCAAAAUGCCCCGCCAGAACCAACAGAGGAUGCGGACUUUGCUAAUUACAUCACAUUCUUGCUCGGGAAGAUUAUCAACCGGUGUCUAUCAGUCAAUUCACCUGCAUUGGACCCCCUCGAAUGGGAAGCUAUGAAGGCCGAUCUAGACAAGUGGAAAUCAUCGCUUCCGUCAUCGUUCGACACGAUACAAACCCCUGGGCUCGGGAAACAGAGUAAUUUCCCAUCUAUUUGGACACUACGAAGCUGGCAUGUGUCGACUCUUCAUUACUACCAUACUGCGAUGGGAAUUCUAUGGAUGGCCCAGCCUGUAGCUCAACCCCUGAAGGCUCUACAACGCAUCGACGAUAUGGAAUCUCUACAGCGGAAGUUGGAAUACCACGCGACUGAAAUAUGUGCCCUGUCUCUUUCAAGCGACUCGGCACCGGUCUGGGUCAAUGCUUUUGGCCCAAUUGCAUUCUGUUGCCCUUGGAUUCGUGAUAGCCAGAAGCGCGUGGAAAUGGCAGAAGAGUUGGAAAAGUGGGGGAAGGUGACUGGAUGGCCGGUUUCCAUUAUAGCAGACGCUCUUUCUCCGCCUUCAAACACGACCCCGAACACGACUCCGAUGACGGGACUUUAG